AUGCAUGCUGCGGAAAAUAAAGUACAAGAAAAACCGGUACAAAUUUUUCCAAAGAAACCGGUAGAAACUUUUCCAAAGAAACCGGUAGAGAUUUUUCCAAAGAAGCGUCUCCAUGAUCCCUUCAAAGAUGAUGAAGAGAAGGAAAAGUACUACGCAGUGCAGGAUAAAAGGAUUAGGUUGGCGGAAAUGGUGGAUAUUAAGGCGGCAGAGGCAAAAGAAUAUGGGUCGCGCGAUAGUGAUCCAAGUACUACCGCAGAUGAAGAGACAGUUGUUGUUUUUCAUAAUGUCAGUGAUAUCUCCACUACAUAUUCAGACGAAGCUACAUCUGACCUAGGAAAAUCACUUGAGGAUUUUUGUGAAGAUGAGAUUCUUGGGGUUAAUGAUGAAAUUUUGGCCCAAAAGACUGAUUCCGAAGCGGAGUCAGAUGAUGAUGAAGAGGGGUCUGAUGAGGAGGAAGAGUGUUCUGAGAAAUCGGAAUCUGAUGAUUCUGAUUCCGAGUGA